GACUCAUACCCAUUGGUACUUCCCUUUCCCGGCAUUGGCCAAGUGUAUCCCCGCACAGCGGAACAUUUUUCAUAAUGCGAGUUAUCAUCCGCAACACUGCUCUGGAGGCUUCGGAGUAUAUUGCCGAUUAUAUCAUCAGUCGCAUCCAGAGAUUUCAACCAACUGAAAAUCAACCAUUUGUACUCGGCUUGCCAACCGGAAGUAGUCCGGAGAUCAUCUACAAGACUCUGGUGAGCCGGCACAGGAAGGGCGAGAUAUCCUUCAAGAAUGUCGUAACUUUCAACAUGGACGAGUAUGUCGGAUUGCCUCGGGAUCAUCCGGAAUCAUACCACAGCUUCAUGUAUAAGCAUUUUUUCUCUCAUGUGGACAUCCCGCCCCAGAAUGUUAACAUUCUUGACGGUAACGCUCCGGAUCUCGCAGUCGAGUGUGCUUCUUUCGAGGCCCGAAUCGCUCAGUACGGCGGCAUCGAACUCUUCCUAGGUGGUGUGGGCCCCGAUGGACAUAUCGCCUUCAACGAGCCAGGCUCCUCAUUGAGCAGUCGGACGCGGGUUAAAACUCUAGCGUAUGACACGAUCUUAGCCAAUUCACGGUUUUUCGACAAUGAUGUGGAUCAGGUACCCCGACAUGCAUUAACUGUUGGCAUUCAGACCAUUAUGGAGGCACGGGAGGUGGUGAUAGUUGCUACCGGUGCUCACAAGGCUCUCGCAGUGGAGAAGGGCCUUGAAGGGGGCGUCAAUCACAUGUGGACGCUCUCGGCCUUGCAAUUGCACCCACACCCACUCAUUGUCUGCGAUCGGGAUGCGACUCUGGAGCUGAAGGUCAAAACAGUGCGUUAUUUUGAGUCUAUUGAACAAGCCGGUACAGAUGCGCGCACUCAAGGCCCACCUCUUGCUUAUCGACCUCGGAUGUACGUUCCCGGCCCAGUCGGGUUGGGCAAAACUCACCAGGAAUUUACGCCGCAAACUACACCACAAAAGGUCCCUAAGGAUUUGAGAAUCAACACGGAAUUGAGUCGCUCGAUGGAAGACGAUGAAUUAACACCUGACAGUAUGUCCUCACGGAUGGUUGACUCGGCGAUCGGCGGGCUGGAUUCAGCAUUAAAGGGCGAUUUAUAUUUCGACCGCAUGGGAGCUAGGGUUCUCUCACAUUGAUCGGAUGCCUUAGGGAAGUAACAGAAUUCGGAUCGGGAGUUAUUUUGCUGGAGAGCCGCCGAAGGUAAAGGGAAAUGUAAUCUGACCGCGGAAGACUGAAUUCACAUGUUUGCUUGACAUCAUUACUCAGUUGAUUUGUACUUCUCUGUGCAUGGUUUUCUCAAGUUUGAAACUCCUUGAAAAGGCCAUCUGCGCAGAGGAGCUGAGAUGGAAGACUAUUUAGCUGGGGAGUAGGGAUCGGCCGUGCUCUGUUUACUAGACAAGAAGCAUACAAAAGCACCAUCUGCAAGCGGUUGUUUUUUGAACUUGGGCGGCAAAAUAAUUCCGCGCUCAAGCCCGAAACUCAUGGGCUACCUAUAGAUUCCAGGGUGUGAUAGAUUGGCGAUUGUUAGCCGGUGGGAUGUGCUGAGCGCGAUCUUGGACAAUAUUACUACUUCCUUCUUAAACAGACUAGAUUGCUCGAGUCGAGGAAUAGUUAAUUCGUAC